CUUCCCGUUGACUACUACAGUUAGACGUUUCUCCAGGAGACACACGGAGAGGGAACAAACAACUUUAUAAGCUUCAGCAUGUCGUCGUCGGUGAUGAGUGGCGUGGCGGCGUGGAGGGCUCACAGCGUUCUGGAGGAGUCAGACGGGGGCGAGUCCAGCUCCCCUGAGGCCCCGCCCCCUGACCAUUUCAGGAAGCUGCGCUGCUCCUCCUCCUCUCUCAACUCCCUCCGCAUGUCUCUGAAGAAGAGGCUUCCGCUGCGCUCUGUACAGACCAACUCCCUGCCAGACCCUGAGCUGACCCCUGACCCCACCUGGGAGAGUCUGCAGGCCAAUCAGAAGACCAACGCUGUCUGCCAGCUCACACGCAGCGCACGCAGCCACAUCGGGGGAGUGUACCAGAAGCUUCAGAGGAACAGAGCAGUGGUACAGGAUCAGGAGGAGUGUUUGGUGGCGACACCUGGCCAGGUGUGUGAGGGGGGAGAGAACAACGAGGGGGUCACCUCCCGUACACCCAGGCGCACCCGUUCCACCACAACCCCCAGUCGCACCCCCAGAGCCACCGCGCCCAAACGCACCCCUGCCUCAGGCCGCAGGGGGAGGAGAACCCCAGGGCGAAGUCCUGAGGUGACAGGGGUGAAGAACGUGGGAGGGAGGAGGCAGCUGGUUCGGAUGGCUGCACUACGAAGCCCCUUCGCAUCUCCUAACACUCAGAGCCUCAGACG